AGGCAUUAAUUUCACUACAAGAAUGCUUGGUUUUCUGUGAACAGUGACGUAUUUCCCAAAACCCAGUUGUAGUUUUAGCUAGACAUUUCUUUUUUUUACGGACCACUGUAAGGAUUCAUGGGUCUGGUGAAGAAAGCACCAUGGUUAACUGCAUGUCUGUUCCUCACUUUUUUAUCUCUGGAAAGGUGCCACGCUUUACCACCAUAUAGCCCUGGCGAUGGCUUUCAACAGGAGCCUGAAGUUGUGAAGCCUCCGCCGGUCGAACGCCCUCCAGUCCCGCCAAAGACCCUUCGCAAAGGCCAAGAUCCCAUUGGAGACGGGAAAGUAUAUUCCCAAACAAAAUCUAUCACAAUACGAUGUCUCGACGCCUGGAUGGAGAUAGUCAUAAACGCCGAUCUGUAUAACACCGGGGUACUAAUCGAUGGAGAUGACCUGCGACUUGGAGAAGAGACUACGCCUGCAUGCAGGGCAAAGCCGUCUGCAGCCGCCGAGUACAGCAUUGUCGCGGCACUGAGCGACUGUGGAACCAGACAUCUGAUCGCAAAUGACUCCUUAAUCUACACAAACCUACUGAUAUAUUCCCCAGUGCCCUCCACAGAUGGCAUAAUUCGAAUGGAAGGUGCUGUCAUUCCAAUUGAGUGCCACUACAGAAGGAGGUAUGGUCUGAGCAGUGGUAUCCUGAAGCCAACUUGGAUUCCUUUUACAUCUACUCAGUCUGCUGGGGAUGCCUUGGAUUUUUCCUUGAGGCUGAUGAAUAGUGACUGGCUGUCUGAGAAGACCUCUGAUGUUUACUUCUUGGGAGAUAUCAUUUAUAUUGAAGCCUCAGUCACCUUGGCCUACCACAUGCCGCUCCGGAUGUUUGUCGACAGCUGUGUGGCCACAGUGUUCCCUGACAAGAACUCUGUGCCCAGAUACUCCUUCAUUGAGAAUGGGUGCCUGACAGAUGCCAGGCAGACUGGCUCAAGUUCUCACUUCCUGCCCCGAGCCCAGGAUGACAAACUUCACAUUUACCUGGAGGCCUUCAGAUUCCGCCAGGAGACCAGGAGUGCACUUUACAUCGCCUGUCACUUGAAGGCUGUGCCUGUCAUGCACAAUGCAGACUCCAAGAAUAGGGCCUGUUCCUUCAUCAAUGGAAGUUGGAGGUCUGUGGAUGGGAACGACUGGAUAUGUGACAACUGUGAGACACCUAACAUCUGGGAACAACCAAUUCAGUCUGGUCACCAUGAAUUGGAAAAAGAGUUAUUGCUGCAACCCUUGAAGGUAUUUCCAAGUGAGCAUGGUGGCAUGGCCCCUCGACUCAAACAGACUGAGAGCAGACCUUUAGAGGCCAAAGCCUUGUGGGCCAGUGAUGACGAUGAAGAAGCACAGGAAGGCCAAACAAUGACCCCUGCAUCAGAAGAGGGUAUCAAUCCUGUGGACUACCCAGGUGAACACAAUGGUAGCUGGCCUGUGGAGUUCAGUGAAAUGGAUGCUAAGAAAGAACUAGAAAUGGAGACCACCCCUGGCCCCAGGGCGCCCCCAGCCAAACAGGAAAGUGACCCUGUGGACCCUGUAUACAAAGAGGAUGGUAGCCACUUGGAGGACCCUUUGGCCAAAGAGGAAGCUGGUGCCUUCAUAGAUGAGGACGAAGGUAGUGGGAUCAUGGUAUAUGAGGGCAGGAAAGAUGGGAAUAAUGAGACCACACUGAGCCCUGUGGCCCAGGACAGUGGCAAUCCUGAGAUUUUCUCAGUUGAAGAACCUGUUGGAUCUGCAGUUCUUCCGAGCAAGGAUGUAAAUGCUACAGUUGUUCCUAGCUAUGAAGAAAGCAACACCACAGUCCCUACUAGCGAGGAUAAAUUCAGCCCUGCUGUCCUUACAAGAGAAGAGGAUGCCCACCCAGCAGACCCACCAGAUCAGCAGACAAUGAGCACAGAACUUCCAUUGAGCUGGGAGGAGGAAUUCAGGUCUAUGUCCCUUUCAGAUGACAAGGAUACCAGCUUGAUUCAAUGAAUGUACUUCUAGAUGAUAAAAUGUGAAUUGUUGCUAACAAUAAAAUGCUUAAUGUGCUGCUUUGA